AUGUCAGAGCGGAUAGAACCUUCGUCGUGGGAGUUAGCUAAUGUCUUUCGUACCCAGUGGAAUCUUCCGAACUGGGUUGGUGCUCUCGAUGGCAAACACAUAGCUAUCAAAGCUCCACCAAAUUUUGGAAGUAGUUUUUACAAUAACAAAAAUUCCAAAUUUGGUACCAGCAUUCUUUAUGACAUCUGCCAAUUUCCAGCCGAGGGCUUUAUCAAUGAGAAAAAAGUACCAUAUUUUAUUGUAGGAGACGACGCAAUUGCACUGUGCAAAUGCAUAAUAAAACCUUACAACACUAAGCCCCUUUCCAGGAAAGAAAAAAUAUUCACUUACCGUUUGAGUUGGGCAAGAUUGCGUAUUGAAAACGCAUUGGGAAUUUUGAUUGGCAAAUAGCUUUGUCUAAGAAAGAUUUUAUUUUGUCACCCGGAUAGGGCACAAUCGGUUGCUUCAGCUUGCUGCAUGCUCCAUUGUUCUCUGGGUACGAAGGCACUGACAGAAUUUGGGUAGCAGGAGAAUUGGAAACAUUUGAGCAACUAGAAAGCACUCUAAUAAAUUAAGUACCUACUG